GGACUUCGUGACGGCGCCCGAGGUCAGCCAGGUGCUGGGCGAGUUGGUAGGGAUAUGGUACCUCAGCGAGUGGAUGGCCGCCGGCAAGCCCGCAGCGUUCCAGCUGGUGGAGCUGGGCCCGGGGACGGGCGCUCUCACUGAGGACAUACUGCGGAAGUGAGUCCCAAACUCAGUGAGAGCCAAGCACAGAUGCUGACAGGAGGGAAGGUACAGUCAAACUCUGAGGACGAAGCUGCUUACAUGAAAGGCAUCAGCAAGACUGGAAUUCCAAUUUACUGGUACAGAGGCAUUCAAGAUGUACCACAAGGUUACAGCUUUUACUUAGCACAUGAGUUUCUGGAUGCCCUGCCAGUACAUAAGUUUCAGAGAACAGAGAAAGGCUGGCGUGAGGUGUUGGUUGAUAUAGAUCCAGAGGCUCCUGACCAGCUGCGGUUUGUCCUGUCACCAUCCAGUACCCCUGCAACAGAAAACUUUAUUCAGCCUGAAGAAACGAGAGAUCACGUGGAAGUAUGUCCCGAGGCCGGUGUCCUCAUUCAGAGGCUUGCCUGUCGCAUCGAAAAGGAUGGUGGGGCCGCACUGAUUGCUGAUUAUGGUCACGACGGAACCAAAACUGACACUUUCCGGGGUUUCCGGAAUCACAAACUCCACGAUGUGCUGAAAGCUCCAGGUACAGCAGACCUAACAGCAGAUGUUGAUUUCAGCUAUCUUCGAAAGAUGGCACAGGGAAAAAUAGCCACGUUGGGCCCCAUAAAACAACGGGAGUUUUUAAAGAACAUGGGUGUUGACCUCCGAAUGCAGGUGCUCUUGCAGAAUUCACGCGACUCAGCAACUCGGGAGCAGUUACUCCACAGCUAUGAUAUGUUGAUGAACCCUAAGAAAAUGGGAGACCGUUUUCAUUUUUUUGCCUUGCUGCCUCAUUACAGACUUACACACCCUCACAAGGAACAUAAUCUGCAAUCCAAGUCCCCCCUCCCACCUGUUGCUGGAUUUGGUGAGCUCUUACUGAAGUAAUUUCAAUUGCAAUACCAAAAUGUCUAAUAGUGGCAGCUUCCAGUAACAACCUAUUAAAUAAAAACAGUAAAAGAAA